AGUAUUCAUCUCGAAUACUGCUGUUUUGUUGCAAGGCUGUUGAGAAAUAUACGACGUAAAUAUAAAUACGCCACCGUUGAUAACAUUAAGAUGAAUCCUUGAAUAAGUGUGAUGAGAUGCACCUUUGUUGUGUUUGGACUUGUAAAGAAAAAUAAAGUCGGUAUUGGACCUACCAAAAUAAAAUGUAUCACAAAGAUCAUGCGCUAGCGAAAGCCGAUAACUUGUCAACAGUGGCCUUUUAGAACGAUAGUAGUGUUUUUCGUGAUAGGAAAAUGACAACAGUUUUGACAAAAAGAUUUUUAUUUUAUUCAGUGAAAAGAACCUGGAAACCAAUGAAUACGAAAUGUCUUAAGGACUAUACACUCCUUGUACCAGAAAAUACAAUUAUAAACUUUUUUAAAUAUAAAAGUAAUGCUCCAAUGUGUCAGUACCACACACGGAUAAUGCUUUUGAAUUAUGGCAAACAGUUUCAUACUUCAAGCAGCUUAUGUACAGUGCUUCAGUCUGCAUUCAGUCACAUGUACAGCACAGACAGCAGAAAAAGUUAUACAAACCAGGAGAAUAUUAGCAGAAAAGAUUUCCUGGAAGGAAUGUUUCAAGACAAAAAACAGAAACUUGCAGAAAGUCGGCAGAUGAUUUUAAAAGACAUCAAAGAAACAAAAGAUAAAAUGAAAGAAAAAAUGGAGGAAGUUAUUGAGAAGGAAAAUGUUCUCACAAUACCAAAUUUACUCUGCCUAUUCCGCAUUGCAGCUGCACCAUAUUUGGGAUAUCUUGUUCUACAAUCAGAAUUUCAUCUUGCUGUAGCUAUUUUUGCAUUCGCUGGAGUUACUGACCUGGUUGAUGGCUGGAUAGCUCGGACAUACCCAAGUCAGUCGUCAAAAUUUGGGAGUUUUCUUGAUCCCUUGGCAGACAAAGUCCUCAUAGCAUGUUUGUUUCUAACACUUACAUAUGCUGGAUACAUUCCAAUUGCCUUGACUGGCAUGAUUAUUGCAAGAGAUCUACUUCUGGUUGCUGCUGGUUUCUAUAUCCGAUACCAGUCUCUGCCUCCACCUAAGACACUCAGCCGGUAUUUUGAUGCUACACAUGUAACAGCUCAACUAGCACCUACAUAUGUCAGCAAGAUCAACACAGCCAUUCAGCUGUUACUCGCAUGUUCAACCCUGGCUGCUCCUGUCUUCGACUAUGUGGAUCAUCCCUUACAUCCCUUUUUGCAUGGCUUAUGGUACCUAACUGCAGGCACAACAGCUGCUUCUGCAAUCAGUUACAUUAUUUCUCAAGAUACAUACAAAUAUUUUAGAACAAAAAAAUGAAAUUAAACUCUUAUAAAUACUGAAGAUGUUCAGUUUAACAUUAAUGCUAACGUUGAGCUACAAGAGAAGACUGGUAAUUGUAUCUCUAAACAUUUCAGAGGAUUUGUAAUGAAUCUUUGCUCUUGAGUAAGGGCUAUGUUUUUGUGUAAUAAAGCAAUAUCAAGGUACAAGCAAAUUCCUCUAUGUAUUCUGAAGAACUUUAACUGUGGAGAGAGCACAUAUUAUUGUGAGUUUUGUUGAUCUUUGUGCUAAGGAAUACUUGCUCAUAUCUAACUGAAGCACUGUGAUAUGAAUUUUUAAAGGUAGUUUGUGAAUCAAUCAGAUUUGUGGAAUAUGGCACUGUAGAUAUGAAGACAAUUUUUUUUGUUCUACUUAUUUUUAAGAAAGUUCUUUUGUACAGGAAACCAUCAUUAAAAUAUACAACAAUGUGUCUAAAC